AUGGCAGAGAUCAAUGUCCGAUCAAACUACCCAGAUCGUCCUGAGGAUGUUAUUGUGUCUGGCCCUUAUGACGAGGAGCAAGUGAGAUUAAUGGAUGAAGUAUGCAUUCUUGUAGACGAGGAUAACAACCCAAUAGGCACAGGAAGCAAGAGAUACUGUCAUCUUAUAAAUAAUAUCAAUCAAGGUAUACUCCAUCGUGGGUUUAGUGUAUAUCUCUUUGAUUCUAAGAACCGACUGUUACUUCAACAACGCGCAUCGAGUAAAAUUACCUUUCCUGGUGUCUGGAGCAAUACCUGUUGUUCUCACCCACUCAACAAUACUACAGAAAAAGAAUUAGAUACCAAGGCAGCUAUUCAAGGAGUAAAGUACGCAGCACAGCGAAAACUUUUUCAUGAAUUGGGCAUUAGCAACGAGAAAAUCAGGGUGGAGGCAAUCCAUUUUUUAACUCGACUCUACUAUAAGGCGCCAGCAGAUGACGUUUGGGGAGAGCAUGAGAUUGGAUACGCAUUGCUCGUUCAGAGUGAUGUCGAUCUUCAUCCAAACACGAAUGAGGUUCAGAAUACCCGAUAUGUCACUGAGAUGGAGUUAAGAGAAAUGUUGAACGACCCUCAUGUUCCAUUUAGUCCUUGGUUUAGACUUGUAUGUCUCUCCAAGCUUUUUAGUUGGUGGAAGUAUAUCAGGAUGGGGUUGAUCGAAAAUAUCAUAAAUGACAUGGCAAUCCACAGGAUGGAUGAUCCAGAGCAGGAAAAGGGAAAGAAAAUUACUACAGCAGUAUGA